UCGUUUCUAUAGCUAAAUUACAAAUCUUCCUGGAUAAAAAGUAUAAAAGGCGUUAUGAUGUUGCAUUUGAAACAUAAGUCCGGUGGAGGAGAUCUUGGAGAAAGAUUGACCACCAUGCUCCAGUUGAUGAUUUUGGCCGUGGGCCUCUUGGCCGGAUUAGUCCAAGCAACGCCAAUGGAUGAUCGCAACGCUACAGUGAUCCUAUCUUUGAACAUCAGUACAGCGGAAGGCGACACUUAUUCAGUUAACGUUGAGUCGGAGGGAAACGAAGGGAAUGACGUCGUUCAUUCAACCAUGAACGGGAAUGAUUCCCAGACAGUGGUCACGGAUCAUAACUUGAAUAUACGUGUGGUAAUUCCCGACUCGGAAACCGAAGAUUGUCACUUCUUGGAACUUGCCGAAGAAGAAAAAACAGAACAGACAUUAGAGGAGGAGGAUGCAGAAAGUGUAGAAACGGGAUCUGGGGUGAUGGAAAAUGCCAACUCCACAGACGAGAAGGCGUGUUUAUAUGGCGAUGACGAACCUGUUAUGACAGAUGAAGUGAAGACUACUGUGGAGUCCUGGUGUGGCGCCCGUAAGAUACGUCAUUUGACCCGGAAGGCCGAGUGUCAGGAUGUCCCCCAGGACGGAAGUCAACAAGCUGAGGACUCAGAAGAGACCGAAUCAGGAACGCUCGUCCGCAGAAAGAGGUCUUGGUUUUGGAGAAGAUUUCGCUGUUACUAUGUCUGUAGACGAGUGAGGAGAUGCUGGUAUCGACGAUCAUGUUUCUUGUUCUUCUGUCGGUGGAGGAGAUAUUGUGUCAAUACUUGGCAUUGCUACCGCCAAUGUGGAAGAUAUUACUAUUAAUUUUAAUCCUUGUAAGAAUGAGAUAAAUAAGGAUACAAAUGAGUGAUUCAGUUAUUUGAACAUGUCAUCUACUACAAAAUUAUUAUCUAAAAAUAAUGAACAUCUGAUCAGUAUCAAUGUAAGCCUAUAUUUGUUAAUUAAGCUUCAAUGUCAAGGAAUACGCCGUCGAAGUGUAUCUUUUCUAGCUGUACUUGAGAAAUGAUCACCUAAUUAUUACUUUAUUUUAUGCUGAAAGUUGUAUGUCAUGGAAACAAAUGCGUUGACCUCUAUGACUUACCAAUUGAUAACAGAUUUGUGUAUAUCUUAUCGAUAUUUCUAUAAUUGAUGAACUACCAAAUGUUCUUUCUCUAUACGUGCAUUGUGAUUAGAUCUAGGUUUUAUAAACAUAUAGAAUAAACUUCGAAGAAUAAAAUUUACAUUUGAAUGUUUGAGCUCAUAUCACCAUGGCCAAGAUUCCAAAUAACGGUUCAAUGCACUAAAUAAUGGUAACACAUAUAUAGCUAUCAUUCUUAAUGUUAUUAAAAGUGUUCAACAUAAAUUGACAUUAAAAUUUAAUUGCUUUAGUCCAUAAAUUUACCUUAAUACAUGCAAAAUCAACAAGAAUAGCCGGAUCAAUUUGAUAAUUAACUGUGAUUAAAGCGGAUGAAUUUUGUACUCUGCUUUCUUUCUUCUUCCUUUUAUAUGUUGUAUACGAAAAACAUGAUGAAGGUUGUGAUUCAUUUAUCCAAUAAACUAAAGAAAAUAGAAAUAGAAAA